GACAGCAGCACCACUGGGAGGAGACGACCCAACAUCUGCAAGUAAAGAGGAAACAAGAAAUGGCUGAUGUUAUACCAGAAGAUACAAGAAAUCUAAGGAGAUGCAGCGACAAGGAAACAUGGAAACAACACAGAAAUGAAAGGACAAACGCGAAAGAGAACUGGUGUCACACCUGGAGCAGGUUGACAGCAAAACAACAGAAGCAGGAGCGCUAAAAGCAUAAACCGAGGAAACGUUUUGAAAGCAGCUAACGGGAUGGAGGUGCUGACUUCACAGCAGGAGGUGGAGGAGGUGAGCUCAAUUCCUGUUGACUUCAACAACCACCAGAACUGUGAAGACAGAGAACAGGAGGAAGUCUCCCCCUGCCUUCAAGAGGAACAUGACACAGAUAAGGACCAUCCCAGGCCAGAGGGAGGAGUCAUGUGGAGAAUGGGCGGUGGCCUCUUCAGCAUGACACGAAAUGUUGUCGGUGCCACGCUGGGGGGCGUUGCAUGGGUGGGAACUAAAGGUUUUGAGCUCACCAAGACAGCUGUGACCAGUGUGCCGGCAGCCAGUGCAGGACUGGUCAAAGGGAGCGUCUCCAUGGUUACAGAGGGUGUCGGAGCAGUGGGAUCGGCGGUGGCAAGUAAAGUCACGCCAAGAAAGAAGGACAAAGCUGACUGAUGGACAGUGUGUGUUUGUGUGUGUAUGUGUGUAUGGGGCGUGGAAAGGGUCACAGAGGAUAAGACACACCAACCCUGGUGUGAUUAUUUACUAAAAGUCCUACAUGUGUGUAUUCAUGUGUGUCUGUGCGUAAUAAUUACACCUCAGACAUGCUAAACACACAUAUGCAUGUGUAUAUAUCAUCAUUAUGCAUGUGCACAUGUACAUGUGUGUGCAGCAGCUGCGCAACAUCUAAAAGGGCUGGUUGAAGGUGAGUUGAUCAGCUGGUGUAGUGAUCUUUUAAUACUCUCUCAUCCAGUCACAUCACUGGUAUCAUAGCUCUGCCAAUCACAAACGUGAUGACGAGUUCAGCAAAUGGAAAGCUUUAACUCAGGGACUGUCCGAAUGGUUUAGAGCGUCAUGACAUCGACACACAUCAGUACAAAUCUAAACCCACUGACUGACUGAGGAUGAUUACUGUAUAAUAACACUAGAAAUAAAAAAAUGAAGAAAUUGAUUUGGUGAAACGUUUAUAUGAUCAUAACAGACCAACAAUAUUUAAAAAAUAAUUCUAAUGUAUUUCACUUCAUACAUGGUCACAUAGUUCAGUAAUUAAAGUUACUCAGCAGGGUUUGCGCUGCAGUGUGCUUCAGGGAUAAAACAGAUGCUAUUUUUGCUUAAAAGAAAGUUUGAAAAGAUUUUAUGAUGAGCCCUGGUAACCCAACAUCUGCUUUAUAAAAAGCAGAAUAUCAACUUCUAAAUGAUUGGUUUGAUGUGUGUAGAGGUUUCUGUGGUUAUACUGAAACAGCCUGGUGUCAUUUUCAGUGAACGGCUGUGUGUAACGGCAGCGCGCUCCAGUGCAGUGCUUCUCAGAGGCCGUGGAUCCAUCAGCAUAUGGGUCCUGCUGCCUUCAGAUGUUGCAGAGUUCAUAAACUGAAGGAGAAGUUUGUCAUACAGUAUAAAGCAGCUGUGGACAGCAGAUAAUGUAAGAUUCACAUAGAUCAAUGCAGAGUGAUUUACUGACUUUCCUGCUUUAAUCACAUUAAAUGUUUUUUUCUGUGCUGAUUUUGGUUGGACAGAGUCACAUGCAAGCGUGUGUGCCUGUGCAGUCGCAGGAUGCACACACCUAAAUGUACAAAUGCACACCUGUAUGAUAGGAGUCCCGUGUGUGUCUGCAUGGCUGAGUUGUACUUAUCACACAGACGCACAUUCAUGGACAGACAUGGCACUUUUAGUAAAUAAUCAUGUGAGCAUAUGUGUGUGUGUCUCUGCCUCUGUUACCCUUUCCACCUCCAUUUUGUGUGUGUGUGUGUGUGUGUGUAUGUGUGCGUGCGUGCGUGCGUGCGUGCAUGCGUGUGAGUGUAUUGCAAACAAGAGCAAAAUACCUCGAAAGCUUUGGAUGGAUUUUUAUCACAGUUCUUCAGAUUGAAGCGGUGUAUUCACUCAUGCAGCUACAAAGAUAGAAAAGCAACUACAUGUCAGUCAUUGUCAGUGGAAAUCUGCUCCAGAAGGAGGCACGACUGUCAGUGGUGCAAAGGUGCAACACACAAGCAACAGUGGGGAGUUGGGAAAAGUUUAGUUUUAUAUAAAUGUCCUAUAUGGUGCAUGGGAGCAACACGUCAGGUUGUCACAGAAAACGAACAUGUCCCUGAAAACAGCUGUCCAGUCAGAACAGAAUAUGUAAAUUGUAAAGUGUGCUGAAGUGCAAACAUGUUUAAAAACUACAGAUUGACAACUACACGCUGUCUUUUUAAGAAUACUAAAACUAAAGAUAAUCAAUACUACAUUUUGAGAAAAAUGGGAAUGGGAAUAUGGGAGUAAGGUGUUAACUAAUCUGUCAACCAUUACAUUCCAUGUCAUUUUAAUGUCAACAACUGUUCUUGUAACCUUUGGAAAAAAAUGUCCCCCAGAAAGCAAAUGCUAAUGUUAUUAGCACAAGCCAAUAGCAUUUUACAUGGUAUAAAUUAGCCUAGUGGCUAGCGGAGAGUUACUCUACUCAUAUGAAGCCAGGAUGAAUCACACACAAGACUUAAAAUGCUAUUUUGUGGGGGCUUUAUUGUCAUAGUGUAGUGUGUAGGUUCUUUUUUGGGGAGGUGCACAUCAGGCUUCGCCAUAUGUUACAGUCUAGGCUCUGUGUUGACGCAGAGGUAGGUAGCACAUCAGUUUGAUGCAGAGGUAUAAAUCCCGUGUAAGAAACUUUGUCCCUAAUAAGAUUGUUUUUAUUUGAUAAUGAGCCAGAAAUUUCCAUCAUCUUCCACCUGGGACAUGUUCUGCCUUAGCCUAAACCAACACCAUCACACACCCCCAGAUUAUUUGCAAUAGACACAGUGGCUGCUUCAGAUAUGUCUCCUGACAGUACUUUUCUUACAUAUACUGUAAUGUUGUUGUUGUUUUACAAUUGUACUGUAUUUUCAUAUUUAGUGUUGUGAUUAUGUACAUUAAGUUAAUAUUAUUAUUAUUACUUUAUUAUUAUUGUUUUUUCCUUACAGUAUUUUCUCUGAUGUAUGUGUACAUUAGCAAUGCACGUCUUUACCAUUGUUCUCAGUACCAACGUAUAGGUUAACUGGAGCCCAUUUCACAACAUACAUGUGUUCCUGUUCUUACGUGUGAAUCAAAACUUUGGUAGAAUACCAUUUCUCAGAUGGUACAAUCACAUUGGUAUCAUUGCACAUCCAUUGUACACAUUUGUAAACCACAAUUCUUUGUAAAAUGUAUCAAAAAUUAUAAGAGGAUGUGAACACUGUUAAGUUUGUCGUCACCGUGAGAAUGCUGGCUUUACUGCUGUUGGAUCAGAUGGUCAAUGACUGUGAGUUUGGGUCUCCAGUUUAGCCUAUAGCAGUCGUGUAGCGGUAGUUGAUGAGAUGGGUGUAUUACUAGGUAGAUGGGUAGGUUACAGAGGAGGAAGUGGGUAUACCCUUCCAUAUAUUCCAGUAGCUCUUUGGCUGGUUGGUGGAUAUACUGUAAACAGCCAUAAAAAGAGGUGGGUAUACCCUGUAUACCUGCUUGUACCCUCUACUACACCACAGGCCUAAAGUUCUUGUGAUGUUCACCAUGAAACCUUCAGGGACACCUGUUCAGAAUUCAUAAGACACAGUGGCAUACAAAAGUUUGGGCACCCCUUGUCAAAAUUCUGUUAACUGUGAAUAGCUUAGCAAGUAAAAGAUUUCCAAGAGGCAAAAAGUUCAAGUUGACACAUUUCAUCAAUAUUUUAAACAAGAUUACAUUUGUGGUCAGUACUUAGUACUUAGCAGUACGUAGUAUCACAGCUUCUAAACACUUUGUGAAACCAGCUAAGAGUCUUUCAGUUCUUGUUUUGGGGGAUAUUCACCCAUUCUUCCUGCAAAAGUCUUCUAGUUCUGUGAGAUUUUUGGGCCGUCAUGCAUACACUGCUUUUUGAGGUCCAUCGACAGAUUUGUAAUGAUGUUUAGGUUAAUGAUGUUUAUCUGCCUUUCUAGCAAUCAUACAAGCUGCUCUCUCAGAACAUUUUCUUGGUCUUUUUUACAUUGUCUUAAUUACAUUACAAACUGAGGAAACAGCUACCUGAAAACACUUAGCUAUCUUCUUAUAACCUUCUCCUGCUUUGUGGGCAUCAGUUAUUUUAGUUUUCAGAGUGCUAGGCAGCUGUUUAGAGGAGCCCAUAGCUGCUGAUUGUUGGGACAAGGUUUCAGGAGUCAGAGUGUUUACAAAGCUUUGAAAUUUGCAUCACCUGGCCUUUCCUAAUGAUGACUGUGAACAAGUCAUAGCCCUAACAAGCUAAUUAAGGUCUGAGACCCUGGUAAAAGUUGUCUGAGAGCUCAAAUGUCUUGGGGUGCCCAAACUUUUGCAUGGUUAAAAUGGUGAAAAGCAUGUUUCAUCUUUAACUAAAUGCUUUUUGGAGAUCAGUUAGUCUUACACUCACUUAAAUAUUCACAGCAUAAGAAAUUUUGACUGCAGGUGCCCAAACCUAUGCAUGCCACUGUAAGAUCAUCUUUUUUGCUGCCCAGAUAGGAUUGUGGUCAAUGUUUUUAUUAUGCUGAAUGUGCUCAACUUUACAGCAAUAACACAGUUUAAAGUCAAUGUAACAUGUAAAUGUACCAAUGGAACAGGUUACUGUUAGACUGUCAGUAGCAGACCACUAGAUAUAUUUCUUUGGCAUGUGUGAACAUAUAAACAUAUAUUUGGAGUUAAAUGAAGCAUUUCUUGUAAGAAAGUUCCUAUUUCCCCUAUAAUUAGUAUGAGAAUUAAGAGAGUUCUUUCCAAAAAAAAUCACAGGAAACCACAGUUGCUGGAGUGUUUCUAGAGCUAAAGACAAUUGAACUUAUUAUUUGUUGCUGAUGUUGCUCUGUGUCCGCUGGGUGUUUGUUAACACAAGAGCCACAACAACUUGAUAAGCUUACAGAGUAUCAGCUUUAAUUCUGAAACUAUUGGUGCUUCUCAAAGUCAAGGAAGGAUCCUUAAAUUUCAAGGCGGCUACAUCAUCAAAUAUCAAUGUCAAGGAUCCUUCAAAUUUUACCGAGGACAGAGUCCUUCCUUAAGAGAAUUUUCAAAGAUGCAUGUGUGUAUCCUCAGCAGGCAUGAACUACCCACAAUUCCUUGCGGAUAAUUUGCCAGAAUUGAUGGCGGGGCCUCUUCAAGGAUGCACAUCUGGACACUCAAUAGCCUGUUCCAAUGUGUGUUCUUGCCUAGCCUCUACCAAGGAAGCAUCCUUGGUGUUGAGAAGCAUCAUUUGUUUUGGAGUCUCUCUGCCCCCUGUUGGUUAACAGAAAGAAAAAAAUUAUGAAGAAAGACGUAAUACAACUGCAAAAUGGUCUGUGACAUGAGGAAGAACUUUGCGCCCAUGUAGGUGACUAAUCUGUCCUUUAUGAUGUGAUGGUAUGAAGACUCUGUUUGCAUUUGUAUGAAUUUUGUAAUUAGCCUGUUGAUGUGAACCUACAUUUUUAUAAGUAAGAACAAAAUCCUAUAUUUGCUGCAUGCCUCAGAGUGGUGUUUGACACACACAGUAGGGUUUCAUGUUGCUUUUAGCCAGAAUUCCUU